CCGGUUAAACCAACGGCAACUUUCGAUCCACACAAAGGGACACCCAUAAAGCUUUCCCAAAAGCUUCCGUACGUCACUUUCUCUAAAUUGUUCGAUUCUUAACAAUCCAAUUAAUUGUCUUUGCCCAAACGGUAUAUAAACCCACUUCAAAUCCUCUUCUCAUGAUUCGUUAUUGUUAUCUUCUCUCUCUCUAAAUAUACACUCAAUCACAGCUGCAAAUCCGCCGUGUAUAUACACACACACUUAUUUCACCAUGUUUAACAUACAUUUCGGUUUCGAUUUUGUUUCUGCCGAUUUACUGCAAUUGAUUUGAAGGUCGGUAUUUGCUUAUUCCUAUUACGCGAAUAAUAACUUAUCUCUUUCCCUUUUAGCGGCGAAAUUUGGCACUAGCUAACGAACUAGUUAUUACUUCGGUUUUGGUCGGAUUGUAACGCCUUAGAAGAAAUAAUAAUGCACGAGCCAGAUGCAGAUGCUGCUCCGUGGAGUUUUUUCAACAUCGACAAUAUUUUCAGUAACAAUUAUUAUGGAGACAGCACGCAACAUGAUGUGAAAAUUUGCCACGAGCAGUACAUUAGGGAAAAUCCUUAUGUCAACGUCGACAACGAUGAGAUCAUUGCACGUGCUAUUCUCGAAGAAGAAUUGUCACAAUUAUCAAUAUCUGAACCUCCCGAAGAGGAUUACUUGCAAAGUUCCGCUAUUAUCCCGGAUUGGCAUAAUUCUUCAAAUAACAAUUUUAUCGGCCAAGAAGGUGGGCAUUACGAGAACGAUGAGGUGGGAAGUUUAUGCUCCAGUUCUGGAGAUAGAUCGUGUGAUGGAGAUGAUUACUCUUAUACUUUGGACAUAACAGAUGAGUCUGAACUUGAUGGAGAAGUUGAAAAGAGGUUAUACCAAUUGGUUUCUGUUCCUCACAUGCCGAGAAUUAAUGGAGACAUACCUUCAGUUGAUGAAGCGACUUCUGACCAUCAAAGGCUGCUAGAUAGGUUACAGUUAUAUGACUUGAUUGAGCACAAAGUUCAAGGAGAUGGAAACUGUCAGUUUCGUGCUUUAUCUGAUCAGUUUUACCGGGCCCCUGAGCACCACAAAUUUGUGAGACAGCAAGUUGUACGUCAGCUCAAAGCACAACCUGAAAUGUACGAGGGGUAUGUUCCCAUGGAAUAUGCAGACUAUCUGAAAAGGAUGUCCAAGGGCGGGGAGUGGGGUGAUCAUGUCACACUGCAAGCUGCUGCAGAUUCGUAUGGUGUGAGAAUUCUUGUAGUAACUUCAUUUAAAGAUACCUGCUACAUCGAGAUUCUUCCCAGAGAUCAAAAGUCGAAAAGAGUCAUAUAUCUAAGUUUCUGGGCAGAGGUACAUUACAACUCAAUCUAUCCUCAUGGAGAUAUCCCUCCGAGUGAUUUUAAGAGGAAGAAAAAGUGGUGGAACAUUCGAAACAAGCAGUAGAAAAACAUAUUUACUGCUGCCCCACACACCUUGGAUUCAGCUGUAUAGUCUGUCAUAUAGUGAACAAGUUUAAAUUUUUUUUACCCCUCUGUUUCCUUAUAUUGAGUUACACGACUACAUUAUUUAAUAUUAAUUCAUACAUCAUUAUAUUU